GGCCGUGUCGGUGCUGGCGCAGUCCGCGGGGGCGACGAGGUGCGGCGGGUUCGCGAAAGCAACGUCCUGCACGAGAAGUCCAAGGGGAAGACGCGCGAGGGCGCCGACGACAAGAUGACCAGCGGGGACGUGCUGUCCAACCGCAAGAUGUUCUACCUGCUCAAGACCGCCUUCCCCAACGUGCAGAUAAAUACAGAAGAACAUGUGGAUGCAACCGAUCAGGAGGUUAUCUUAUGGGAUCGUAAAAUUCCUGAGGACAUCCUGAAGGAAAUAGCCACCCCCAAGGAGGUACCAGCAGAAAGUGUUACUGUCUGGAUCGACCCACUUGAUGCUACACAGGAGUAUACGGAGGAUCUUCGAAAGUAUGUCACUACUAUGGUUUGUGUGGCUGUAUAUGGUAAACCUGUCCUAGGAGUAAUACAUAAGCCUUUUUCUGAAUAUACAGCUUGGGCAAUGGUAGAUGGUGGGUCGAAUGUGAAAGCCCGCUCUUCCUACAAUGAGAAGACCCCAAGGAUUGUUGUAUCUCGCUCCCAUUCAGGAAUGGUCAAACAGGUUGCUCUUCAGACUUUUGGAAACCAGACUACAAUUAUCCCGGCUGGUGGUGCUGGUUAUAAAGUUUUAGCGCUUUUGGAUGUGCCUGAUAAGAAUCAAGAAAAAGCUGAUGUAUACAUUCAUGUGACAUACAUCAAAAAGUGGGAUAUAUGUGCUGGCAAUGCCAUCUUAAGCCUCGGGGGACAUAUGACUACCCUGAGUGGUGAAGAAAUCAGUUACACUGGUUCCGACGGCAUUGACGGGGGGCUCCUGGCUAGCAUCCGAAUGAACCACCAAGCUCUGGUCAAAAAACUCCCAGAUCUAGAGAAGACGGGACAUAAAUAAGCAAAGUUGAUUAUAGCUGACAGCUCUUCCAUUUGGAGGCUUCAAAUGAUCGGUGGAGACUAUGCAUGGUUAAGGCCAUCCCGAACUUUUUAAAGUAUUUAUGAAGCAUCAGAGACUUAUUUUCCCUGUAAUAGGAUACAAGAUCAGGGGAGAUGGGUUGCUUCAUGUCUCAAGUAUUGUCUUUAUUUUUGAGACUAUUUUCGUACAGUUGUCAUACACAAGGCGUGCAGGUGUGUGUGUGUGUGUGUGUGUGUGUGCGUGCGUGAAUUAAAAUCUAUAUCUGAGUCUUCAUUGUUAUGAGUCACCAUUUUCACACAACAUCAUGAAUCUUCACUGUUAGUACUUUCAUGUAAAAUUGGGCUGAAGAAAGGAUUGAUUUCCUAUAGAUGUUUAAUAUUACCUUUUACUUAUAUCUCAUUAAAAACAAAGUAUGUUGGGGUUUUUACCCUUAAUUCAGAUGGAAAGCACAAGAAGCCACGUGUUCAUUAAUAUGCAACAAAUGUUCUAUUUAUCUGUUCCGGAAUAUUUCUUAUGGGUUAAAUAGAAUAAGCUUAAAUUGUUUUUUUCUUUGAAAUUUUAAUAACAGGUUCACCAGCAGGUAGAGAAUAUAGAUACGUGGUGGUUGCUUGUAACUUUGUGUGUGUGCUUUGUUUCUACAAAGAAAAAUGUGUUUGUACCCAGGGGUUCAGCUUUCCUGGCGUCUUGCUGUUGAUUCUCAUUUGCCCUGUAGACAGUGCAUGAUUUCAUUCAUUCCCUCUUGACUACCAUUUUAGUCUUUUACGUGUAAGGUUGGGAUUAAGAUUUCAGGGAUAGCAUUAGCAUUUUAGUAUAUUUUUUCAUUAGGGACAAAAUAUGCUAUAAGGCACUACAAAAAUGUAAACAGUUCUAUUAAUUGAAAGUUAUUUGACACUGUAUGAAUUGAGCUAGCUUUCAUUAUUUUCAAAAGCUUUGUUUAAGUACUUUCAAAAAAAUUUGACAGGUUUGUAUAUAGGGAUUCUUUCAUUGAGAAUGAGUUAUGGUUGCUCUUACCAUUAAUAAAUGGAUCUAACCUUACCAAACUCAAAGUAGUAAAUUUUGAGAUAUUUUGUGGUCUUCCUUCAGAUUAAAAUAAUGAAGGUUGACGUUAAUAUUUGAAGCAUUAUUUUUCUAUUCAGCAUGUGAAAUCUGGUUGGAAGAGAGGUUGUGGCAUAUUCACUGUAUCACUAAUUGGAACCUUGCUUUGUGAAAUAUCAUUGGGAUGUCUGAUUUCUCUCAUUGUGAUGUGUGAAAACUUCAUAUAUGCAAACAAUACCAUUAUUUCAUGUGACUUUGCUGUCCUUGUGUUCCAUAACACACUGAUCAAGAGAGGGAUUUCUCAUGAUUUCUUCCCUCCCUCCUUCUCUCCCCCCUCCCUCCCUCCCUCCUCCUUCCCUCCCUUCUUCUUUCUUUCUUCCUCUUUUAUAACAUUAAAGCAACCUUCCAUUUAUUUCCUAUCUUGGAGAUAAAAUUGACCAGAGUGGACAUCCUCAAUUGUGGAAUGUGCAUACAACUUUAGGUUUGGUUAUUACAUUGUCCAAAGCUCUAAUUCCUCGUUAAGAAAUUGAAUUUAGUAUGUUGCACAUGUUUCAACCCAAUCUCUAGCAACUGGUCACGAAUCUGGGCCUCAGUAGAUAGGUUUUUGUUCAGUGUAAUUUAUUCAAGAAUUUUUGUGUUGGAACACUUGAUAUUUAAACAGGACUUAGGAAUGCUGAACAAAAUAUUGAAGAUCUCAUAUUUUUACUUAGUAGCUGUGAGAUGAAUCCUUUUUUCUCAGGAGAGAUGGCAAAGGCAUAUGCUAUUUCCAGAGUAUCAUGGUAUAAAAGCAUCUGUGUCAUUGUAAUUUGUCAUACUUAGGGAAAUAAGACUAGCAUAGUAGAAAUGGAAUUGGAGUUUGUUUUUCCGCAAUAUUAUGUGGAAACUUUCUGAUUUAAUGGAAAUAGUUAAUAUUAGCAAGCAUGAUUUCUUGGUUUUAUUUUUAAUUACAUUAAUCUGCGUGUAGAUAAUGACUAUGAAGGACUUGUGUGCAAAAAUUAAGAUACUGACUGUCAAUUAAAUGUAUUAUUUUUAUAAUUUGUUGGGUAGUCUAGUUACUAAUGAUUUUUAAGUGCUUUUAUUGAAAGUUUAAUUUUGUUGUGUCUAAAAGUCAGUAUACAUUACAGAACUAAUACUGAUAAAGAACAGUAUUGAUAUUUAUGUGAGACAAUAGUAUGCCAGAACAUACCAAACACCUUCAUGAGUGAGUCAUGUAAUAUCUCCCAGGAUUAUAUAAAUUAUUUCUAAAAUGUAGCAAAAACUAGAGUUUACUUUUAGUGACACUCACCUCCCCAUCUCCUGGUCUUCCCUAUCCCUCAUUGCUCUUAUUUAGAAGAUAAUUUUCCCUUAAAAUUGAGUUUCACACAUCACAGUCAGUAAGAAGCAGUGGCAUUAAUAACCUCAGUAGCCAUCUCCCCUUCCUCUGCCUCUUCAUUCCUACCUCAUCCCCUAUCUCCCCAGCCCCUUAAUGUUCUCCUUUUGUUUCUGCUCUUCUUUCUUAAUCAAUAUACUCUUCCCAAACCUUAUCAAGGAAUUCUUUCAUAGACCUAUUUCUCUCAAGAUUAACUGCUGAAAUCUUACAGUAGAACUGAGACUCCAGUAAAGAUUCCAGUGAGAGAUCAAUCCUGGUGAAAUCCUAGCUGACCAUUACUUUUCAGACUCCUGAUAAAGCAAAGGAAAAUCACCUUAAAAUCACAGAGCUUUGUGCUGUCAAAUCUAAUCCAUGCUUCAGUUUUCACAAAGCAAACCUUCCAACCCAUCCUUCAAAGAAUGAAUAUGCAGGAAAUAAAAGAGUUUGGGUAUAUACUAGUAAGCCUGUUUGAGAAAACUUGCUUUUUUCUAUUAGUUUUCAUACUUGAAUCCUUAUUUCAGUUGAGAUUACAAGGGCCUACAAGAUAGGUCAUCUCUGUCCUUGGUAUUCAAUUGUCCCUCUCCCCCAAAUUUUAGUUUUUAUUAAUAUUAAAAUGAAUUGCUUAAAGCUGUAUAGUGAAAUGAAAUAAGCAUUUUGAGUUAUGUGUUUAAGUAACAAUUGUGCAAACUUCCAGUUUGCUGGGUGCUCCCUUUCAAGAUUGUGUAAACUGGGGCAGAGGAAGUGGGGGAGGGGCCGUGGUAGGAAACUGUUGGUGAGAGGAAGGAUACUCAGGGAAGGGUAGCAGGGGGAGGAUGCGAAGCAAACAUCUGCUCUGACCCCUGUGGUCAGGAACUCUGCCCUUGCCUCAGAUGUUUAGUUCAAAUAUUGGGUUUCACUCAGGCUUUCAAGGUGACACCAUCCCUGGUGGCCCAAGCACAAAAGAAAGCAGGAGUGCCAACCUAUUCCUCAGAAAAGAAAAUACCCAGCUUGCCUCUCCUUGAUAACACCUUGAAAUGGCCUUAUGGAUAACAUUCUAGCAAGUUAAACACAGGAAACUGUUUGGAUUAUCCUAAUUUAAGCUCCUUACCUUGGUUAUGUGCUGUUUGCCCCUGGAUUGAAACUGAUUUUUCAUUUUAGAUCUUGGUUGAAUUUCAGACAUAUUUAAUUAUUUUUAGUGUGUGCCUAUAAAAAGUCUGUCUUGUAACUGUUUCACGAAAUAAACCUAAUCUAUGGUUUCAUUUUAACCUAAAAAAAGUUGUGCCUUAACAAUAGGGCAUUGUAUGUUAAUAAGGGAAAACAAUCUUUUUAACAGAUGGGGGAAAUAGGAACCUUUUGCCAUUAAAAUUUAAGUUAUUUUCAUGUUUUUAAUAUUAGAGUUGGGGAAUACUCAUUAAAAUUACUUUUGCUUAAUCUAGCAUUUACAACUAAAGUACAUUUUUAUAACUGGCGUCUAUCUUGAUGUAUAUAGAUUUGAAAUGAUACUUUAUCCUUUGGUUUUUAGUUUCAGUUAAUGUAAGGCCAGGAUAGAUUCCAUUCUUUUAAAUUUUUACUGUUAACUCAUUUUAGUGUGCUAUUGUAUCUGUUCUAGUCCUGAGUCACUUUGGUUAAAAAAAAAUAUUUAUUCUUUGUGCCACAUCAGUAAUUUAUUAAUAUUAAAAAAUAUGUUGUGUUACAUACCAGAACAGUUCCUAGGUAGAGGAGUGUUCUGGUUACCAGUUACUAUGAGGGCAAGAAGAAUUAAACUUUCUACUUCAAAAGGAGGUUUUGGUUUUAUGAGAUGCUGGUUUUGUAAGUUGUUGAUUAUUUCCUUAAAGCCUGGCAGCUGUUUGCGUUGCAAUUUUCCAUUGGUAAAUGCUUACAGGAAAGCUUUUUCUUUUGCUUAAUAAUUUUUAAAGUUUGAUGGUGAAUUAGUUCUGUGAGAAAAUGAGACAGUUUUCCUUUGAGAUAAUAUAAGCCAAACUUUCAGAAGGAUGAUGAAUAAUUAAAACAUCUUGUUAUAUAUUGUGUUUGUAAGGGUUCCAAAAGUGUGAUAAUAAGGUAAUUUGUGUAAUUGCAGAAGCUGAUGUUUGAUUAUUAUAAUGUUCCGUUAAAAUUCUCUUUGAGGUAUAUGUUACACGCAUAGUAAAUUAUUAUUCAAGAAAGAUCCUGUAUUUUUUUAAAUAGGAAAUAUAGCAUACCAAGUCAUCAUUAGAUCAGGUAGCCUACAAAGACUUCAUCUUUCCCUGAGAUGAAGCCCUCUUCUUCAUUUAUGUUGAGUUAAGGAGGGAAUGUUUAUGGAAUUUAAUUAAUGUGCAAAAUAUGGACUUCAAUUUCCAUCUACCCUAAUGUCCACCGUUGGCAGUAGUCAAAGCUAGCUUUACAGUCUAAUGGGAGAAACCAUAAUGAACCGGUGCUGCCGUUGUUUUUUUCCCAUUUGAUGGUGUUACUCAAGCUACUAGAUACAUAUACAUAUACAAGGGGUUGAGUUUACACUAAAACUAUGAAAUGGCAGUCUAUGUCCCUGCCUCUUCAAACUUUUUUUUUUUAUCCUCACUUUCUGUCAAUCUCUUGAUGAGAGUGGUUAAAAAUAUAUAUACUUUUGAAUACCCUUCCCCUCACACAUUUAAAGCUGCAGAGGAACUAGACCACUUCCUGUUGCCAAGACAUGCGUAGGCACCAGUUUUCUGUACUUGGCAUGCUGUACCCUGCCUCACCCACACCACCAAAUUUAAGGGCAGGGGUCCCAAUUUCAGACGUUAAUCUCUACAAUGAAGUAAAACUAUCCACCUCCCUGUUUUUAGAGCAGUUUUUUUUGGGGGGGGGGUAUUUUUGUUGUUAUUGUUCCUCAUAACACUAAUUUGUACAUGUGCUGUUGUAAACUUUUAAAAACAGGGAUUAUAUAUUUUGGUGAAUUUUCUGUUUCCACUUCAACCCCGACAGCUGGCCCAAUGUCUUGAACAAAUUAGGUGCUUACUGUAUGCUGAACUAAAUUGAAUAAAGGGUUACGACUAGCAUUAGCAUUUCUUAUGCCUCAGUUGUGUACUAGUAAGCUGGUUGCUUGUUUUGUUUCCUCUGCAAAUAUUUAUGAUUGUAACCCCACACACUAAGUUAUUUUUUAAAGUUGUGCUUCAGUUACUACCCCUUGGCCAAUUAGCUCUAGAAAAUGUGAUUGCCUCCAAUGAAAUGAUUAUUCCAAACUCUGCCCCUGGAUAUACAUUGCCAAACAAAUUUUAAUUUUCCAAAUAAAUUGGUCAUGUCUGAUA